AGCAAAUGCAGGCUAUAGCCGAUCAAUUAGCGGCCAAAGAAGAAGAGUUUAAUAAAUGGCAAGAAAAGUUGGUUGAGCAAACACGCCGAGAGCAUGAAGUAUUGACUGAGGAAAUGAACGUAGAACGUGAUCAUUUCAAGGAAAGAAUCAAUCAACUCGAGGAUGCACUCAAUCUUGCCAAUUUAGAAAUCUCAAGACUAACCAUCGAAUUGGCCGAUAUAAACGAUAUGCAAAAAAAAGGUCGAAGAGGUUCAUCGUGUACUAGUGGUAGUAGCUCAUCCAUGGAAAUACCAUUUGGUGAAAAGAAGAGAGAUGAUAGAGAUGAACUCACAAAGCAGAUUCUAGAAAUUACGCAGCGAAGGAUUAGUAUUCAAACGGAGUUGACCUUAUUAGAAGAGACUAACGAAGAAUUAAAGAAUCAAUACACCCAAAUCACGAAGGAGAAUCAAAUGCUCCGUCGCGAAAACGAUAACCUCAAACAGCAGUUAGGAAAACAGUUAUUUGCGAAAUCGCUAGAAGACAUCAAUCUUACCGACUGA